GUCAAGCGGCGCACGCAGGAACUAAUUCCUUAUAAAACACAUCCGUUAACCUCGAAACUCAGUCGUUUUUUCACUCUGAUCCUGCGAGUGUGACAAAGAAACAAACAUAAACCGUUGGAUUUUUGACGUAAACUUCACGUCGAUCAUCGUCCCUGAAAAAAUAUUCUCUAGGCGAGCCAGUCGUUUGAGUUCGGUGUUAACAGCAGUCGUGAUUUGUGUAGUUUUUCCCUAUUUGGAUUAAUUCAGCAUGGCAUCCGGUGUAACAGUAUCAGAUGCCUGUAAAACUACCUACGAAGAAAUCAAAAAAGACAAGAAGCACCGAUACGUGAUCUUUUUCAUUAAAGAUGAAAGACAAAUUGAUGUUGAGGUGAUUGGAGCUAGAGACGAAGAAUACGACCAGUUUCUUCAGAAUCUCCAAGCGGGGGGCGCGGGCGAAUGCCGCUACGGCCUCUACGACUUUGAAUACAUGCACCAGUGCCAGGGCACGUCCGAGUCCAGCAAAAAACAGAAGCUGUUCCUUAUGUCGUGGUGCCCCGACACCGCAAAAGUCAAGAAGAAGAUGUUGUACUCUAGCUCAUUCGAUGCCCUUAAGAAAUCGUUGGUAGGCGUACAAAAGUAUAUCCAAGCGACGGACCUGUCAGAGGCGAGUCAAGAGGCUGUGGAAGAGAAACUGAGGGCCACCGAUCGCCAAUAGGUGGCGCCACGCGAUCGCGCUUACUACUAUUAUUAAUAUUAUUAUUUGUUCUGUUCGUUCGACUGUAUUUUUUUUUCUUCUCUUCAUACGCACCAAAACGAAACAAAAAAAUGUAACAAACAGUUCGUGGAGCGUGUCUAUUUAUAUACAAUAAGUAUUUGAAUAAUAUAAAGCUUGAUUUUUGAAAAACUGUACUAGCGGUGGUUUUUAUUACGAUUUUGAAUGUAAAAAAAGUGAAUCAAUAAAACGAUAAUAAAAAAGAAAUUUUUG